CCUCUCCUCGACCGCCGCUGCCUCCGCCGCUGAAAAGUCACUACCGGCAAACAACACGCUCGACAUUUCUUCGCGCAACAGCUGAGUCUCUGCACAAAGAUGACCUCGCAACAGAAUGGCACCGCUGCCAAUGGAAAGAUGGGACACACUGCGAAGCGGAGCUCAGGACGAGUAGUGCCAGCCAUCCCCUUCAGCUUGAUCAGGCCAGCGCACCAAGUCAAAUCGCUCCCGAAGCAGCACGAUGGCACUGUGAAAGCCGCUCCUGCGCUCACAGACCCGCAAACUGUAUCUGAGCAGGGACAGAAUGGCGGAAGCGAAGUUGAGCAGCAGGCUCGCGGUGUUGAAACGCAAGAGGCGGAUCACUCAGUGAGAAUCGAGCAGAAGCAGCACCAAGAGCACGAAGGGCGGGAGAAGACACGGUCGUCGACAGAGACGCCUAUAUCGCGAGGCAGCGCUGUCAUGUCUCUGUCCAACGGAAGCACACCCGAACAUGUGGCUAGCCAAGUUCUCGCGCAGCGCGAUGUGCUUGCAAACGGCCAGGCGGCAGCAUCCAGUCCUGCGACCACAUCCAGUCCGACAUCAGGACGAUUUGACAUGCGUCAGACCAGAGCCGAGUUACCGCCUGCCUUCAUUCCGUCAGCAGUACAAGAGCUUUCCGUGUCCGCUGCGUCUUCACAGCGUCGUCCAUCGAAUCUGUUCCAGGGCCUCCCAAUUCACCCUGGCACGAGCAACAUAGUCUUUGGUGGCAACGAGUCCACAGGAUCUUCGCCAGCGCCUCCUCCUGGUGCAGGUUCUGCCUUCGUGCCUCCACCAACCAUGCACCAUGGCCAUGCCCAUCAUGCGUCUGUACCACAUUCCCAACGCUCCCAGAAUGGGAAUCACGCCACGCCGUCAUGUGCAGCACGACAAGUUGCUGGACCACAUCGUCAGUCAACUACCCAUGUGCCGUUCCAUUAUUCAUCACGCGAUAAUUUCGCCCCCAAUGGGCAUGCGGUAGUAAACGGAUACGGACCGCGGUCUCGUUCUGGCUCUCACGCCUCGUCCAGAGCUGGCGUCGAAUUACAAUCACCGUUGUCCAACGAUGUGGAUCGAUCUAUGGACAGCGGCAAAGUCAUGUACCCCGACAGCAAGCCACUUUUCGCCAAUCGACACUUUUCGCCUUCUUUCCAACAGCACAUGCAGCCAGCUCCGCCGAACUUCCCACAUCCCGAGAUGGCAGCUGGUUUUGAGAAUGCGGAGUCCAUGCGAGAUCAUGUUCUGUCACAGUUUCAGAAUCCCGCCCUGACCGAUUGUAAGCUUUUGGUAUUGGAGCACGAUGGAUCUGCGCGCUCCGAGCUCGACUGCCAUAGGCUCAUCCUGGCCCGCAGUCCGCGACUACUCGAAAUCAUCAUAAACAACUCUGAGGGUCCUCAUGAGAACAAGUCACAAGUGCAGGUCCAGCUCACAGGCCCCCGUGUACGCACAGGGCCUUUCGUCGAUGCUGUCCGAUAUCUCUACGGCGGUCAACUUCCACCUUACGACCUGUACAAUCUCGCACCGACCGCUUCGACAGAGGACCGAGUGGAGGUUGCCUUGCAGUACAUCGCGACAGGAGCGUGGCUCAAGAUUCAUGCUGUAGCUCAACGUGGAGUGGAAAUUGCUUCGAGCCUGUUGCAAUGGGAUACCAUCACGCGAAUUCUCGCUUUCGCUCUCGAUGGUGGACUCGGCCAGGGGUGGCCGAUAGAGUAUGGUAGCGAGAAGAUGGGCACAUCUUCAAGCAAUGACCAUUUCGCCAAACCGGAAGCUGGUGGCUCCCCGAUCCACGAACCACACUCGUCUGCUCUGCUUGGCAGUGUGCUCGAGUUUGCUGUGCACAAUUUGCCCCCCAACUUCUAUAUGGACUCUUCUGCACCUCAGUCCGACGCGUGCCCUCGAUUGCCAUCCUACCCACAGCAUCACGAGAGCAAGACUUCAUUAUCCGAUCCGCGAUUGAGCAAGAUCCGCUUUGGAGAGAUGUCCAACGAGAACGACGGUCACCAACGGCCGUCUUUUGCGACCACUAUUGUUUCCAGCAUCUUGCUUUCACUUCCAUUCCCUCUGCUGAAGUGUCUCCUGGAGCAUCCUGCCCUGGCUGGCCGUCUCGGCACCGACACUGUGGGCAGCAUCAUGCGUCAGGUCGUCCAUGAGCGCGAGAAUCGCCGACGAAAGACACUCAAGAGCCGUAAUUCCAGUCGCAUUGACGAGACUGCCGAUUAUCAGCAGGUCCAGAAUCUGUACUGGGAAGAGGUUGUGGAGCCGUCCCCUCUGACACGAGCCGGCUUGCGUCUGGCACGCCGCCGAAGAGGUAUUGACACACCUCCGAGCUCUGCUGAUACGGAUGUCGCUCAGUGAGCAAUUUUGCUCGAUUUCUAAAAGAAAAAAAAAACAAAGCUUUAGUUUGUGCGUCGCCAUGAGUGCGAUUUGUCUGUUGCAUAGCAAGCGGGAGGCGUUACAUGAUGAUGGGACGGGCUUUUUCAAGAUACCUAUAUGCAGCGCUGCGACUGAUGCUUGGAUGAUGAAUUAGCGGCGUGCAUAUGGGAAUGGAAAAGAGAUGAUAUUGGAGCGUUUUGAACCACCACAUGGUUCGGGAAGGGAUGUUGGCGCGGCAAAAGUGUUCCAGGGCCUCGUUUGGGCUUCACAUGAAUGACAGGGAGGAUCGCGCACAGGCUGCAUUGUAUGCCAAUAGUAAUUGCUCUGCUUUGUCUGGGCAGAUGGAUCAAGCUACCUCCGUUUAUAGCACAUCAAACCGAUCAAUACGGC